AGCGUCUGCAGUGUGCUGCCAGUCUGUGAAGCUGGAGAGACACUCAGACAAGAGAAGAAUCAGCAACUUUUGGUUGCAACUUUUUUUGAAAUUUUUCCAACUGUGGAUACAUGAGACUUACUUUUGCUUUUGUUAUUUCCUCCGAGAGUCCACUUAUUUGCAGAGAAAGCUGCAAUGCUUCCAUUCUACCUCCUGACUUUUGCUGCCACCAUCCAAGCACACAACCAGCUGCUGCCAGGCUCCUGCAACUUUGAGUCCAACACCUGCGGAUACACGUCAGAUGCAGAUUUCACAACCUGGACCCUGCACAAAGAUGGCCGUUUUGUUGCGGUGGAAGUAGCCAUGAGCGACGACCAGGAUGAUGAGAUAAGCACAGAUACGGGGACACAGAGAGAGAUCACGGGGGUCCUGCUGAGUCCGGCUCUGGAGCAGGGCGACUGGAGCUGCCUGAGGCUCGUCUACCAGAUCAUCGGGUCAGGGAGCCUGGAGGUCCUGCAGCGCACGGAGGGAAAGAGCUUUGACAAGCCGCUGUGGAGCAGCCAGACGCCCUCUGACAGCUGGGUCAUUUCCAGCAUGGACCUGCAGAACAAUACAGAGCCGUACAGGGUUGUCAUCGAAGGUAAACCUGGACGGAGCGCUGGGAGCAGCGUGGCCAUCUUUGAGAUCCACAUCAGCCCUGGAUACUGCCUCGAGUGUGACUUUGAGGAGUCUCACCUGUGUGGAUACAGCAAUCAGUGGAACGCCAAUGUGAACUGGUACGUGGGAGGCGGCGGCGGCACCCAGCUACUUCACAACAACAUACCAAAUGACCACACAUACAACAACAAGACAGGUCACUUAAUGUACGUGGACUCCAUCUACGCCAAGACUUUCAAAGAAGUUGCCAAACUGGUGUCUCCCAUGACGACCGUGCCGAUGUACGGCUGCCUGAGUUUUCAGUAUCAGCGAAGCGAGGAGGGAGGGAACCUGUUCUCCGUUUACACCAGGGACCAGCUGGGUCAGUACCAGGAGCUGUGGAGGGCAGGCACAGAAAACCAGAAUGAAUGGAGUGUGGAAGAGUGGAUACCUGUGCAGGUGGACCUGAAGGCACCGUACGCUGUACAGGUGGUCUUUGAAGUGUCCUUUAACAGCCCGAGAGGCGGACGCGUUGCACUUGAUGACAUUUCCUUUUCUCCAGAGUUUUGCAGCAAAGACACCGAGCCGACCUUUGACCCCUCCAUCGCCAAUUGCGACUUUGAGUCAGGUCUCUGCCGCUACAUCCAGGAGCCGGUGACGGGGUCGUCAUGGAGGAGAGUGUCAGUGAAGCCCAACAUAUUCAGAAACGGAGACCACACCACGGGAGCAGGAUAUUUCCUGUUGGCUCACUCCGGACUGAGCCCGCACUCUGGUUACGUUAGCCGUCUGAACGGUCCGACUCUGCCAGGGAACAUGAAGUUCUGCCUGAGAUUCUUCUUCUCCCUGAGGGGUUUCAACCAGACGGACCAGGCGCUCGCUGUGUAUCUGCAGCAGCAGCAGAGCGGCAUCCAGGAGAAGAUCUGGACUCAGGGGGAGAAGUCCAGAGGAAUCUGGAUCACCACCGACGUCACCUUCCAGACUACGCAGCCUGCCAAGGUGGUUUUUGUCAGCACCUGCAGGAGCUUCUGGGACUGCGGCUCUGUGGCUUUGGAUGACAUCAGUGUGAGACUCGGAGACUGUGAGCUGACAGCAGGUUCGUUGUCUUCGUCUCUGCCGGGACACUGUGACUUCGAAGCGGGUCUUUGCGGAUACACUCAGGACAAGGAGGGCGAUGGUGCUGACUGGGAGUGGAGAAGAGGACCCACCCCGACCUCGUACACCGGGCCCAGAGGAGACCACACCACAGGACUCGGAUAUUACCUGCACAUGGAGGCGUCGCCGAUGUUGCCCGGUCAGAGCGUCCGGCUGCUGUCCCGACCUCUGAGAGGCUCCUGGGGGCCUCAAUGUCUGCGCUUCUACUACCACAUGUACGGCUCAGGCACGGGUCAGCUCAGCGUCCACCUCCACAAGGACGGAGAGGACAUGUUGCUCUGGCAACUGAGCGGCGAGCAGAGCAUCGCCUGGCUGAGGGCUACAGUGGAGUACCAGAGUGACUGCCAGCAUCAGAUUGUGUUUGAAGCGACCAGAGGUUCAUCAGUGAGGAGUGAUAUCGCUAUUGAUGACAUUAUCUUUGAAGGCGGACCUUGCCCAGAAAUUGAGAUCAAGGCCACUGUGGGAACCUCCAAUGAGAUCGAGUAAAGGGCUGGGGCAAAUCAGCUGCGUAGGAUGCAUGAACCCUGUUUUUUUUUUUUGUGCACAUUACAGACUCCUGACUCCUGCAUGUCAAUCUGAACAUGUAGGAUUGUGGGUAAAAAGGAAACGUUUUCAGGUAGUUCUGUUUUCAUGGAGCAACACAUAUCAGUUGUGUCAUAGUCAGCAUUGCUCUCUGCACCGUAGCAACAGAGAGUGUGUUUAACUGUGUUUCCCUUCACAUUUAUAUGCAUUAGAUUAAUGCUCAUUGCUCAAAUAAAGCGAGAAGAUUAUUCAACAGUA